GAAUACCAGAAAGGGAUACCAUGGGGCGAACAGCAAGGGGAGAUUCAAUGAAUGUGAAGAAGGAGAAUCAAGAGAAAACGUCUCAAUCGGGCACAGCUGUGCAAGGUGAUGAUUUCCAUUGGGACAGUUACUUGAAAGAGACUGGAUCUUUAAGUGCUCCUGCAGAUUGUUUCAGACAGUCCAAGAUUCCACCAACUAAUGAGUUCAAAGUUGGUAUGAAAUUGGAAGCCCAUGACCCUCGCAAUAUGACUUCAACAUGUAUUGCCACAAUUAUCGGAGUUACUGGUGCCAGGUUACGUUUACGCCUUGAUGGUAGUGAUGAUAAAAAUGAUUUUUGGAGACUUGUCGAUUCUUCAGACAUACAGCCCAUUGGGACAUGUGAACAGCAAGGGGACUUACUUCAGCCUCCACUAGGGUACCAGAUGAGUACAUCAUCUUGGCCGAUGUUCCUUUUGCGAACACUGGAUGGAUCCGAAAUGGCACCUGCUACAUUCUUCAAGGAGGAACCACCAAAGCCAGCUCUAAAUAAUUUUAAAGUGGGGAUGAAACUAGAAGCUGUAGACAAAAAGAACCCGGAUAUGAUAUGCCCGGCAACUAUUGGAGGCGUUAGAGGAGAUGAAGUUCAUAUCACAUUCGAUGGUUGGAGUGGAGCUUUUGAUUAUUGGUGCAAAUACUAUUGCCGAGAUAUUUUCCCAGUUGGGUGGUGUCGUCUGGCUGGAGAUGUAUUACAACCACCAGGAACUAAUGUUCCCAUUACAAAGAAUACAGCAAAAAGACAGUCUUCCCUUUCCAAAGCAACCCAGCAGUCAAUGCAGUCUGCAAAGAAAACUACUGUAGCAUCACCAACACAGAAGACCAAGAAACCAGGACGGGCUAAACCAACUGGACGUACUCCAGGCCCCAAGAAGCAAAGUUCUGCUAAAACUGUCACACCAAGGAAAAAACCCCCCAAAAAGGAAAAAUCUAUUCCUGUUAUGUGUUCUACAUCUACAACUUCUGUAAAGAUGCUGACCAGAGGCCGUGGUGUUGAAUAUAAGGAUCCCAGUCCUGGGUCAUCUAAAAUAAUGAUGUCUACAGUCUGUGUCUAUAUAAACAAACAUGGAGACUGUGGCCCUUACCUGGAUCAGAACAAAAUCCAGCAGUUGCCUGACCACUUUGGCCCGGGCCCUGUGAAUGUGGUGCUCAGGCGGACUGUGCAGGCCUGUGUAGAUUGUGGCAUUGAAAGUAAGACUGUUUUUGGAUUCCUUAAGCCAGAUAAUCGUGGAGGAGAAAUGAUAACGGCCUUCUUUGAUGGGGAAACUCAUUCCAUCCAGCUCCCUCCAGUGAACAGUGCGUCAUUUGCUCUUCGCUUUCUUGAAAACUUCUGCCACAGCCUGCAAUGUGAUAACCUUCUGAGUAGUCAGCCUUUUAGUGCUUACAGAGGUAAUACUCAUAGUACUGCAGAGGAUGAUCAAAAUAAUCCAGUUGAGGAGGACCUAACUGAAAAACAAACCACCAAGAGACCUUCUGAGCAACCUCUGUCUGAUGUUGCUCCUCUACCUCCUAAGCUCCUCAAAACAGAGAUGCAUGCCUCUCAAGUUGAGGAGGACCUAACUGAAAAACAAACAACCAAGAGACCUUCUGAGCAACCUCUGUCUGAUGUUGCUCCUCUACCUCCUAAGCUCCUCAAAACAGAGAUGCAUGCCUCUCAAGGUAAAUAGUAUUUACAUGUCCCUGGAUUGAGAAGAAAAUUUAUAGUGU